UUAUCACCAAAUACAUAAACAACUUUAUGUCAUUGGAGAAAUAACACACAAAAGCUCAAAAAAAGUUAAGAACUAACCAUGGAAAGAAAUGAAACACUAGUACGUUUUGGCAUAAUGGGAUGUGCAAACAUAGCUAGAAAAAUAUGUAGAGCCAUCAAGCUAUCUCCAAACUCUACCGUCCACGCCAUUGCUAGCCGAUCACUCGAAAAAGCCGAGGAAUUUGCAACAGAAAUUGGGUUAUUAGAUGAGAAAAAAUUGAUCAAGAUUUAUGGCAACUAUAUUGAGUUACUAGAUGACCCAGAAGUGGAUGCAAUUUAUAUGCCAUUACCCACAAGUUUACAUGUUAAAUGGGCAGUGUUAGCUGCCUCUAAGAAGAAACAUGUGCUCCUUGAGAAGCCUACUGCCUUAGACUCAUCUCAACUUGACCAAAUAUUAGAAGCUUGUGAGGUUAAUGGGGUGCAGUUUAUGGAUGGGACUAUGUGGUAUCAUCAUCCGAGGACGGCGAAAAUGAAGGAAAUAAUGUCUGAUUCAGCCAAGUUUGGACAUAUAUGUUUGGUAAUCUACACUCAUUCUUGUAUGUUUUCUAUUAACUGUACAUCGUCGUUUCGAGCAGACCCUGAAUUCCUAGACAACAACAUAAGAGUAAAUCCAGAAUGUGAUGCACUUGGAGCACUUGGUGACUUAGGUUGGUAUUGCAUUGGACUCAUUUUAUGGGCAGUUAACUAUGAACUACCUACCUUUGUUACAGCCUUACCUGAAGUUACCCUUAAUUCAAAGGGCAUUAUAUUGGCUUGUACUGCUUCCUUUCACUGGGAACAAGAACCCAAGACAAAUGCAACAUUCUAUUGCUCCUUUCUAUCUCACGUGUCGAUGGACUUAUCUGUGUACGGUUCAAUAGGUUCAGUCCACUUACACGAUCUGGCGAUCCCAUAUCGAGAAAAUUCAGCAUCUUUUGUCCUUACAACUGGGGCAAAGUUGAUGAAUCUUCAGAUUGGAUGGAAUGUUGAAUCUGAAGAAACUGUAGUGAAGUCACAACUUCCUCAAGAAGCUCUCAUGGUUCAAGAAUUCGCGCAGCUUGUUGAGGGAAUCAAGAACCGUAGGAGAUGCUCUGAUAAAAUGUGGCCUGAGAUCAGUAGAAAGACUCAGUUAGCACUAGAUGCAGUUAGGAAAUCUAUUGAACUUGGUUACAGACCUGUGUAUUUAUAGUUAGAUAUGCACUAACAAUUUGCUCAAUAGAGUAGAUAUAGGACUUCUAUCACAGGAUAUUGUCAUCAUUUAAAUGAUUUGAAUAGAAUUUGAUCAGUCAUUUUAAUGGGAAACUGAAUCAAGCAUUCUCUUUCAUUAUCAAAUCAUAUAUCACUUGUUUUCUUUUUCUUA